AUGUCAUGCAAAGAGCAACAAGAGGAAGAACAGGAAGUCCUCUCAUCUAUUUAUGAAGGCGAUGAUUGUUUUAAACAGAUUAAUGAAACAACAUACCAUUCAAGUGAUGUGAAAAGUACAAUUAUAGAAAGACUGUGUGAAGAGGCGGAGCAAUAUUUGGGAUGUGCAAUGACCUACUCCAUAUUUGAAUGGGCCAAAGAAAAUUCAGCUGAUCUAAUGGCGGAACAAAAAGAAGCAGCUCUUUCAAAAACAGACAGUGACAAUGUGACAUCGAAUACAACACUGCAGCAACCUGAGAAGAAAAAAGAACGAAAAGAACAGUUAACUAAAGCACAAAAAAGAAAAAUCACCAACAGGACAGAUCACAAAGGCGAACUCGCAAGGGGAUGGAAUUGGGUGGACGUUAUCAAGCAUCUUUCAAAAACUGGAGGUAAACCAGAUGAUAGCUAACAUCUUGAGAUGCAGAUUAAAAUUAUUUCCCCAAUAAAGUGCGUGUCUGUGAGGCAGUUACUAGUGUCCCUAGAAUAGAACAUGUGACUGACUAUCAGCCAAUCAUCUGGCAUGUAUCAUCAAUCCAGUGAAGGACCUACUAUCAUGUGAUGAACAACACUACGUUCUAGACGAAGCUGCAAGGACUAAUAACUUAAAACGAGAGACUGAACAAAAAUUAGGAAGACCUGUAAACAGGAAUAUUUACAAGAAAUAAAAAAAUGCCUUUUA